AUGAGGCGGCGGCGGCCGGGCGGCGCGAGAGAGCGAGCGAAACGGGAGUCGCCUGCGACAACACACGCCGGGGAGUCGCAACCCCGUCCGCCGCACUCGCGGACCGACCCCGACACGACCGGGAAACGCAACCACGACCACCUCUCCUCCUUCUUCUUCUUCUUCCCCCGCGGCAUCGGGAGAGCCGGACGGCCAACACCGGGCGCGGAGCGAGGGUUCGUUCGGGCGGGGGAGGGAAGGGAGCGGCGGGGCGGAGGAGCGGCCGGCGACGGCCACCCGCGGGAACGACGGAUCCGCCACCACCGCCGACACCACGGGGGGCGGAGGCGCGGGACGGUCACGGGGGACGGCGGGGGCGGAACCGGGAAAGCCACACCCGUCGGAGCCCCCCGCGAGACCCGUCGGAGCCCCCCGCGAGACGGACACGCCCCCGGGCGCGACACACCGCGCCUAUUUGGCCACGGCAAGAAACCGCGCCGGCGGGAACGGCGGGGGUCCGUGGGCGGGACGGGGCCUCGGCGGGCCCCCACACGCAACGGCAGCGAGACCGGGAGCGGGCGGGAGAGACCACCCCAACGGGGCGCGGCGGGAGAUCUGGCGGCAGCCGAGCCUCGGCGAGAGCCGGAGGAACGGGGGGGACCCGUGAAAACGCCGACCGCGUCGCGGGAGAGACGGGAGGCGAGACGGGCGAGGGCGACGGGGCCGGAAGAGCCCCCAGACGCACCUCGGCCGGCGGACCCACCAAAGACGGGUAACUGCAGCCGCAAGCCCCUUCUCCCCUCGCGGGGGGCCGGACGCACGCGGGAGACCUCCCCCGGCGCCACACAACGUCCACACGCAGAACGCGGCCGCAGCCGCGGGGCCGGGACCGCCCUCCAACUGCUCCACCCGCACACGCCGAGCGGCCUCUCCCGGACCGCGCCGAACGCCCGAGGCGCGACCGCGCGUGCACGGGGCGACCCUCCCCCCGAGGGGGGCACGGGUCCCGGCCAGCACGGCCGCGGGGGUCGGCCCGGACACGAGGGAGCCGGCAGCGGCGGGCGGGGAGGGGGAACGACACGGCAAGGACGAGAUGCCGGCGACGGCGGGGGCGACGACGGGAACGGGCCCCCUCACCCGAGCACGCACCGAGAGAGAGGCCGCCCCCGCCCUGGCGGCGACCGGCCGAACACCGGGGGGCGAAAACGGACGGGAAUCACACCGCUCACACUCCGGGAGCGGUCCCGCCACACCCGCGGCGCCGAACCGAGUCGACCCCAGAAACGACGACGGCCCCCCCAACGGGGAGCCCCGGGGAGACGCAACGCGAGAGGCUGCCGAACGCCGACGCCACCGCCGCCGAGGGCCCCUCGAGCGGGAACGGGACCCCCCCGACGUCCGACGACGAGCCGGACGCGGCCGACCGCCGUCUCCAAAAGGCCGCCCCCGAGAGAGAGAUCGAUACACCGCCGAGACCCGGACGACCCCGGAUCCCCCGGAGGGGGGAAAGGUCACCCGCGCUCCCCCAACCGUGGGAACGCUGCCGAGGAGGGGGGGGCGAGCGGGACGACGCCCCGCCACACGAACAGACCACAACGCACGCACCACGCGCGGCAACGUCCAAGUCGCGGGAACGGCAAAGACGGGGACGCGCACGGGAGGGCCGCACGCGGCGGGCGGCCACGGGGUGGGGGCAGGGGAACAGGGACGGGUGGGACCGGGAGCCCACCACCGCCCUUCCGCUACCCGUCCCGCGGCGCCCCACGGGGAUGGGAUGGGGCAGACCGCGCGCGCGCGGGGGUGCACACGCGGCCCUUCCACCACCGCUACCGCCAACCUCCGCCACGAGAACCCAACACUCCGCGACGCCGGCAUGACGCCGAGCUCUUGCCCCGCGUGAUCCCUCCCCGGACUCGGAGCGAGGAGGCGCGGGCCGCGCUAGAGAAGGAACGCUUUCUCACCGAGGGCGGGGCAUACCCAACCCGACCAAGCACCCCCGGCCGCGGCCAGCCGGAGAAACGACGUGCGUGCGGGCGUGACGCUCACACAACUCGACCUCCGUCGAGCAACGGGGGGAAGACACGCACGCGGGGGGUCUGCGUUAUGGCCCGCCUCCCGGGACACGCCGAGGGCACACGGCACGCAACGACGCGGUGGACGCUCACCCGACGAGGGGCCCCCCCUCUCGGAAACGGGCACCCCAAGGAGCCUCUCACCGGCCUUUGGGUCAUUACACUCGACCCCCCCUCCUCCUUCUCCUCUACCGUGUCUCCCGCACCAGCGGAGCGGGCACGGACCCACAAGAGGGACGGCAAACAACGGGAACAAGCCACGCACGCCGCAAGCAAGCAAAGCCGAGCACAGGAGGCGCCAGAGGGAACGGGAAACGCCACCGCCGCUCAGAAGCGGGCACCUCGAAGUCCUGGGACGCUCCAGGGGCACCGCGAGGAUCGCAAAGAACGAGGCGCGCGCACACCGACCGGGAGCGGCACGCGACGCCGCAGAUGA